AUGGAGCUCUUGAUUCUGCCCAUUGGUGAGUACAUCGACACUCUGUGUCUGUCUGUUUCACAACAGAUGAUGCCAGAAAUUGGUGGUUUACAGGAGUUUAUGUUUAUGGUCCACAACAAGAUGCUGAAAAGGUUGCUUUUCUUGAAGAACUCCGGGAAGCAGAGGCAGUUGUCCACUUUCUCCGCCCGUUUGGUGAGUUCGCGUUCGCGUUCGCGAGCGAUUCGUCAUGCAGCCACUCACCACUACCCAUGUCCUCCGCCGCCCCAGCCCCACGCCGCCGGCCGCCGCCUCCCCGACGCCCGCGCCACCUCCACCGCCAUCCCCGAGCAACCGAGCCGCCCCGCCACCGCUCCGGCCGCCGGAGUACCGCUGCCGUCGGCGCUGGUGCCCCCGAAGAAGCGCCGGGUCUUGCGGACCCCGCCCAAGGCCACCACCCCUUUCCCUCCUCCUCCCCCACCCGUCCCCGUCGCGGUCGCGGUCCCAGCCCCCACACCACCGCCCCAGGCGGUCCAAGCAGAGUCCCCUCUGUUUCCGGCCCAAAAACCCUCGCCGUCGCCACCCGCGGAAAAACCCUCUUCGCCUCCGCCGCCGCCUCCGCCAGCGGAAAAAACCUCUUCACCGCCGCCGCCUCCUCCUCCUCCACCAGCGGAAAAACCCUCCUCGCCGCCGCCACAGCCACCUCCAUCCGCGGAAAAACCCUCGUCGCGUCCGCCACCGCCUCCACCCGCGGAAAAACCCUCUUCGCCGCCGCCACCUUCGGCAGUGGAACACCCCUCCUUGCCGCCGCUGCCUCCUCCUCCUCCUCCUCCUUCCGCUGCGGACGAGAAACCCUCCGCACAGCCUCCGACCGACGCAGCCGUGGAACCGGCUCCCGCAACAAAGCCGCGGAAGAUCACACGAAAGGUACGGACGAUCAGAAAAAAGGUCCCCAAAGGCACGAUCGCGGCCGGGAAGGCUGCGGCGGAGGCGGCUUCAGCUGCCAACGGAGGGGUACAGCCUGGGAAGGGACACGCGCCGGACAACUCCUGUCGAAAUGCUGCCGCGGCAGAAGAAGUGGUGGAGAAGGAGCACAGGGUGCAGAAGGAGCAGAGUUUUGGGGAAAACACAACUGAGAAGCCGGCCACUACCUGCAAUCCCAUGGCUGUGUGUGAAACACUAUUGGGUAAGAGGGCGGCUGUGUGUGAGACGCUGGGUAAGGGGACGGUGGGGGGAGGAACACUAGCCAGUGGGCCGGCAAUGGGUAUUGGUGGUGAGCAUGAGGUGGAUAAGAAAUUGGGGAGCAGGAGUGCGGACAGAGCUGAAGUGGUAAUGUCGGAGCGGCAGAGGAAGAGGAUGACGGAGGUGUUUGUUGGUGGGCUCAAUAGGGACGCAAAGGAGGAGGAUGUGAGGGCAGUGCUUUCGGUCGCCGGGGAGAUCACAGAAGUUCGCAUGAUAAUGGAAGCAACGACGAAGAAGAACAAAGGCUACUGCUUUGUGCGCUACCGUGAGCCUGCACAGGCAAGGAAGGCCAUUGCAAAGUUCAGCAAUGUUAAGAUUUGUGGAAAGCAGUGUCGAGUUGCAGCUCUGGAUGGGAAUGAUAAAAUCUUUCUUGGGAACAUUGAUAAGAAAUGGAAGAAAGAAGAUCAGAUCAUGAAACUACUACUCAAAAUUGGAGUUGAGAACAUUGAUGUUGUUACCCUUCUGGCUGACUCUAAUAAUCCAGGAUAUAAUCGUGGAUUUGCAUUCCUUGAACUGGAGACUUAUAAAGAUGCACAGAUAGCAUACAAAAAGCUUUCAAGGAAAGAUGUUUUUGGCAAGGGUUUAAAUAUAACAGUUGCAUGGGCCGAACCAUUGAAUGGUCGAGAUGAAAAACAGAUGCAGAAGGUUAAUAUUAGAGCCACUCUUGCUAAAUCUGUCCAAAAGGGCAAGAAGAAUAUGGAAGAUCAUAAAUUUUGUAUUAGUGAGAAAGAUAAAACAAAGACUGCUAAAAGUGAAGGAAUACUUGGGCUGUCUUCACUGCAUAUAUUGCCUUCCAGUUCCAGAGUGGUUCCAAUCACAGGGGAUAAGAAGUCAUCAACAGAUCAUGGCUUGGUUCAGGUUCUUAGGGAGCUGGCUCCCUGGAGACAUGAACAUACUGGUUUAGCAGGAAGUUUUACUCAAAAUUAUCCCCGCAUAUUGUCAGGAGAGAAGCGGCCUUUCUCAGCACUUGGCAUUGAUUCUUAUUGCUUGAGCCGCAACCCUCAUGCAGGGCAUGAGAGGAAUCCCUAUGCUACAUCAACUUCAAGCUAUAGUGCAUCGCCCCCUGCUGUCAUCCGGUAUUCUCCUCCAUAUCAUCAUGAAAGCAGGAUAUGUCUACUAGAUUCAGAUUCUGUACUAACAGAACCAUGGGAUGGGAUUCAGAUGAGGCAAGCCUGUUCUCGCAAAUCAGGGAUGUCACAUGACAGCUGGCACUAAUAGAGAUGGAUUUCCAUAGACUAGCUGCAGCUAAAGAUGAUUGUUCUGCUACUCAGCAGUCAGGAGGACUUCGUCCUGGGCUUGUCUCAGAAGCCCACAGAUGUGUAUAUGUAGAAGUGGAAGGAGUUGGGAGUUAGGUUGGUUAAUCUGUGUAUCAAUGUAUCAUACAGUUGUGGGGGAGGGACCUUGCUUUUGCCUUUUAUACCUCCCCCUUGCAGCAAGUGGUGCUAUGUGCAUAACAUCCGAAGGAGAUGCAAGUAAUUGGCUGCUGUGAACUGAUGUUCAUUGAUAAUACUGGUAGGUUUCCCAUAUUUCUAUAAGCACGCUGCACCUAUGUAGUACCAAGAAGUUGUCACUGGAUGGCAGCAGGAACUGCAGUUUCAGAUAAAUCAAGUUCCCAGGUGAAACGGUGCAAGAGCAAGUAGCCUUCGGGAAUCCGAACCAGCUGAUCAGAACCAGUCUGAACACUAUGGAAGUUUCUGUCAACAUAUAUACUCUGCUACCGACAUGCAGACCCUGUAUCUAUCCUUAUAAUCUACUAGUUUUUCCUGCUGCUUUAUAGGUGUGACUGAAACGCUUGUCUUUGUGGGGGGCCCAGAGGGCAGUGAGUGCGGGAGGGGAGGUUAUAACCAGUUUGUAUCGGUGUGUUUUGAUGUGAUUAUUAUAUCCUCUCAUCUUUUCGUUA